GUUCUGCUGUUCACCACCACUUUACUACUCCACCCUCACCUCACUCUCCUCAACACCACUCUCUCUAUAACCCUAAAAUCUCUGUGGCUAGCUCCUUCUUAACCUCUCAUCUCCUCUCUCUCCAACUCUCUUCUCACCAAGAAGCUGAGUAUGGAUCUUCAUCUUCUUACACCUCUCCUCUUCCUCAUCCUCCUCUCACCCCUUCAUCUCUCAGAUGCUGGUACCAUUGGUGUAAACUACGGUCGAAUCUCAGAUGAACUACCAUCUGCAUUCAAAGUAGUCCAACUCCUGAAAUCUCAAGGAAUCAACAGAGUCAAGAUCUUUGACGCAGACCCAUCAGUACUCAAAGCUUUAUCCGGAUCUAAUAUCAAAGUCACAGUAGAUCUUCCUAACGAGAUCCUCUUCUCCGCAGCUAAAAGACCUUCCUUUGCAGCUUCAUGGGUCAAACGCAAUGUAGCUGCUUAUCAUCCUUCAACACAGAUCGAAUCAAUAGCUGUUGGUAACGAAGUCUUUGUUGAUCCACACAAUACCACAAACUACCUUAUCCCUGCAAUGAGAAACAUCCACAAAGCUUUAAUCAGUUUCAAUCUCCACUCAGACAUUAAAAUCUCUUCUCCUCUUGCCUUAAGCGCUCUUCAAAACUCUUACCCUUCUUCUUCCGGAUCUUUCCGACCAGAACUCAUUGAAACUGUUAUCAAACCAAUGCUUGACUUCUUACGAGAAACUGGUUCAAGACUCAUGAUUAAUGUCUACCCUUUCUUUGCUUACGAAGGCAACUCUGAUGUCAUCCCUUUAGACUACGCUUUACUUAGAGAGAAUCCAGGAAUGGUUGAUUCAGGCAAUGGUUUAAGAUACUUUAACCUCUUCGACGCUCAGAUCGAUGCUGUCUUCGCAGCUAUGUCGGCUUUAAAGUACGAUGACAUCGAGAUCAUCGUAACAGAAACUGGCUGGCCAUCGAAAGGAGACGAGAAUGAAGUCGGAGCAACCAUAGCAAACGCAGCGUCUUACAACGGAAACCUAAUCCGUAGGAUCUUGACACGUGGUGGUACACCAUUACGACCUAAAGCAGAUCUAACGGUGUAUCUCUUCGCUUUGUUUAACGAGAACAAGAAGUUAGGUCCAACGUCUGAGAGAAACUAUGGUCUCUUCUUCCCUGAUGAGAAGAAAGUUUACGACAUACCUUUCACUACUGAAGGGCUUAAACAAUACCAUGACGGUGGUGGUCAUAAUACUCCGGUCACCGGAGAUCACCAAGUCACUACACCACCUAUGAGUGGUGGUGUAUCAAAGAGUUUGAAUGGUCAGUCUUGGUGUGUAGCUAAUGGUGACGCUGGUAAAGAAAGGUUACAAGGUGGUUUAGAUUACGCUUGUGGUGAAGGUGGUGCUGAUUGUAGUCAGAUUCAACCUGGUGCUAAUUGUUAUAGUCCUGAUACACUUGAAGCUCACGCUUCGUUUGCGUUUAAUAGUUAUUAUCAGAAGAAAGGUCGUGCCGGUGGGAGUUGUUACUUCGGCGGCGCCGCUUACGUCGUUAGCCAGCCACCAAAGUAUGGAAGAUGCGAGUUUCCGACAGGAUACUAGGAAGAAGAUUUGGGGUUUUUUAGGGUUAAUUCCUUCAUGCACGUAUAAUAUAUAUAUAUAUAAUUCGUAUUUUGAUGUAAUUUGUUUUGGUUGGAAGUUUUUAGUUAAUUUUUGUAACUUCUGACUUCUUUUUUUUAUAAUGUUGGGUUGUUAAUAUCGACUGAGACGAUGUUCUUGAUAUUAAACUAUUAAUGUUGGUUAAGCUGCAUAAGUCAGAGAAAUGCCAUGAGUAUA